CUUCGCCAGCAACACUUCGCCAAAAUCGCAAAAGCGACUUCCUCCAGUUGGAAUAGGUUGACUGCUCUUCGCCAUGCUGGACAACGACACCAGCAACAACAACAGCUGCAACCCACAGAAGCUGCCGCUGGGUGAACUGAAACUCGCGCUUUCCGGUCAGGAUGGGGUGCGCAGGCACGUUCCGGCACUGGACGAGCACUGGGUGCGGCGCGAGAAGCCAUUCGGCAGCUACCUCUGCCUGAUGAGUUCCUAUGGCCGCCUGAAAUCCGGAGCCGCGCUGGAGGAGUGGACCUUUGCGGCUACCAAUUGUCGGCAGGACAUGGAGUUCCUGCUGAGCCUUUCCCAGCACGAGUUCUGGUCCUACAUGGUAUACGAUGAGACGGCCAUGGCUGCCGUUGUCACCUUCCUGCAGCGUGCGAAUCCCUACUACCGUCAACCCGAUGACAUCCAAGACAAGGAGUUGGAGCAGGCCAGCCUUCUCUACGAGCAGCUGCUCGACCUCGUGGUGCGCGUGGUGCUGCGACUCUGCACACCUGAGGAGUCAGACUCGGAGUGGAUCAGCCCGCAGCAGCACAGCAGCCUUUUGUACAGCAACUACCUAAUCUCGGUGCCGCUGCUCUUCGACCUGCUCAUCGCCGUGGGCGACGCGGAGCCCUCGAACGCGGAGCUGCUGCGCCAGAUCUUCGGGAAGGUUCUGCGCUUGCAGCCGGAAUACCGGAAGGACCUGAAGGAGGCGCUGGCCUUCUAUGAAAGCGCCUUUCUCAGCAUGCAGAUCCAGGUUGAGAACGAGGGCUGCGAGGGUGCUGGCGGCGGAGCGCCGUUGGACGCUGACUCGGAGACGCCUUACGACGAUGUGGUGCUCUUUGCGCUGGACUGCGCCUACACGUUGCGCCUGCUGCUACAAUUCUGUCCCGAUCUGGUGGAGACCGUCGAGCAGCUGCGUCUGACCCAGAGCAUCGCCAACUUUUACGACAUGACGGUGCCGAUGCUUUACAAGAACAUCUACAUGGAACCGGGGGCCAGCUCUCUGCGCUGGCUGAACGAGACGCGCCAGCAGUUCCUUCUCGUCGUGCGCUGUGUGGUCAGCCUGCAGAUGGAGGCGCGGCGCGGCCAGCAGCUAGUGGAGCUGCUGCAGGAGUGCCUCUCCGCGCAGACCUUCGUGGUGGACUAUCAGCGGCAGUUUCCCCUGGAGCACGACAUGGAGCUGCUGGUCCAACGCUGCCCAAGCAUCAAGAACUACAAAGUUGACUUCGUGACCGCCGGCUACCAGAAGGCCUUAAGUAGCUGCCCUGGCGGCACAAUGGCCGACGACAUGGCCAGUAACUUGGACAGCGAGGCGGAGGACGAGGACUACGAAGAGGACUCCUCACGCAACUCGCCACCGCCGUCGCCGACUGCCAACGGAGCCGCUAGAGACUUCGACCUCGAGGUGACCGCUGUGCUGGACGUACUACCCGACCUGGGCAGGGGCUUCAUCCGGCGCCUGCUCACGCGCUACGAGAACAGCGAGCAGGCCAUCGCCGCCAUCUUGGACGACAACCUGCCGCCGGACCUGGCGCAGAUGGACCGGCAGGAGGUGUACGUUCCGCCCGACCCACAAGACAAGCUGCAGCGUCAGACCGGCGUGCGCCACUUCAACGUUCACGACGGCGACCGCUACGACGUGCUGACCCGGGACCAGCCAGAGUGCAUCAUAAAGCAGGGCAAGGGUUUGCCCGGGGCGCCGCGGAAUGCGGAACAGCUGCUGGACGACAAGCGGGACCUGGGGCAGCUAAAGGAGCGCUACCAGCAGUACUCCCUGGUAGAGGAGGGCCCGCAGGAAGGCGGCGAGUACGACGACGAGUACGACGACAGCUACGAGGCACUUAACGAGGGCCAGGCGCCGCCAGUGAGUCUGCUGCGGGCAAGGCUCCAGGGUGCGGCCUCCAACUCUGCUUACGAAGCCCAGGACCAGGUGGAGGACGACGACGAAGAGAGCUCCGAAAGCACCUCGGAUGCGGAUGCGGAGGCGGGGAAGCGGAGCAGCAGGGACUUUUGCGAAAACCCUGAAGUGACCCGUGCCCGCUACCAGCAGCGCCAGCUGGCCAAGUACGGACAGAGGAGCGGCGGGGGGGGAAGCGGCGUACAGCACUCCAACCCCUCUGUGGUGGGAGCUCCCAAGGGCCAGGGCCAGACGCAGCAGACUCAGCGCAGCAGAGGUCAGAAGGAAGCCCACAAGUCGUCGCGAGCCAACCACAACCGCAAGGCCGGAGCAGCCUUCAAGCGUAGCAAAGGAAUGAUGGGCUAGGAACGCGAGGCCCCGGAUUCAGUUGGAGCAGAAACCAAUAAAUGUAUUUAGUACAAAAAUA